AUGUCUCCAUCACAAAUCACAGCAAAAGCCAAAUUAUACCCCCAUCAAUUGAUGGAGUCAGAAUUAAAGGCUCAUAAACUUGCUAUCAAUGAAUACCAAAAGGAACUUUCGCAAUCAAUGUUCGAUGUUGCUUCGAAUACCUUGCCAGACGUCACCCUAAUCAACCAACAACCCGAACUCAAAUCGUCAUUGAGGGCUCCAUUAUUGGAUUUCUUAUUCAAAGUCGCUAAGAGAACCAAAGUCACCCAAGGGAUUUUCUACAAAGCCGCCAGAUUGAUGGACAGAUACUGUUCCAAGAGAAUUGUCCUUAGAGACCAAGCACAAUUAGUUGCAGGCACUUGUUUGUGGUUGGCCGCCAAAACCUCUGGAGGUUGUAAUCACAUCAUCAACUCGACCUCAGUGCCUAGCGGUGGAAGAUUCAUGGGUCCAACAAUCAGAUCAAGAAUUCCAAGAUUGAGUGAACUCGUCCAGCUUUGUGGUCCUACUUGUGGAUACGAUGAAGGAAUGUUUGUCCAAAUGGAAAGACAUAUCUUGGAUACCCUUAACUGGGAUGUUUGUGAAACUUCUAUCUACAGUUGGGCUUUCAAUCUUACUGAUUACCAAUGCCUCAACGAUUCUGAAGAUUACGACGUCACUAUCGACGACCGUAAAAUUGCCGCCAUCAAGAACUUCCUCAUAGAAAACAGUCUUUAUUCCGUUGAUUUAGUAUCAAUCCACCCAAAUGAAUUGGCGUUAAUCAUUAAGAAAAUCCUCGUCACUUUGAUUUUAAACGAUGACAAAUAUUUCAGCAUCAAGAUGCAAAACUUGACCAAGAUUCUUUCCAGAAACAGCAUCGAUAACCACGAUGCUACCGAAGACGAUGAUGAAUCUAAAAACAGAUUGUUGAACAAGUACAAAGAUUUCAACAUGAACUUAGCAAACCGCUUGCUUCUUGCAGUUGCCAACUGUACCUCCACUGUAUUGAACGCUUACACUUCUACUGAUUGCAAAGAAAUUAACGAGGUCAUCCAAAAAGUUCACAAAGUCGCCAUUUCCCACAUCAUGGCCCUUCAUGAAGAGAGCAAAAACAAGGCUGCUCAACAACAACAACAGCAACAACAAAUGGCCCAGCAACAGCAAAUGGCCCAACAACAACAAAUGGCUCAACAACAACAACAACAAAUGGCCCAACAGCAGCAAAUGGCUCAACAGCAGCAGUUUCGCCAACCAACCCCAGUAUCUACCCCAACUCGUUACAACUACAUCUCCACUAGCCCAGGAUCCGAAUCAGAUUAUAGUGAUGCUGAUUCUGUCCUUUCCAACGACGUUGCGGCAUCGAGCUCUUCUUCAAUGUCAUCAUUCUCUUCACCAAUGAACUCACCAAGACUUGACGGCAAACCGCAACAACAACAAUCACAACAACAACAGCACCCAUAUAGCAACUCGACUUCAAGGUCUGGCAGUUUUGUCAUUCCUAACCAUCAUGCCAAAUUCGCUCCAUAUUCAAACUUCAAUAACUCUCGCUCGAGCAUGUCAAUAUCCAUGAGUGCUAGAAAAGGGUCGAGCUUUAGUGGUAAGGCCUCACAGAAGAAUUUUCCACUUCCAAACGGCUUGAAACGGGUUGCUUCAUCUCAAAUGAGUUCUUACGAAUACAUUUGA